AUGGCGAAUAAGGAGGGCAAGAAAAAAGUGCUGGUGGUUGGAGCCGGAGCAGCUGGAAUGUCCUGCGCCUAUCACCUCUCACAACACCCGGACAAAUUCGACGUCACCCUCAUCGACAGCGUGUCAUACUGCGGCGGGCAAGCCUUCUCGAUCCCCAUCGACGCGCAAAAGCACGGCGCGUCAUGGCUGAACCAGGGCGUGCAGGGCGGGUCGUACAUCUUCCACCACACGCUCACCAUGUUCGCGCGGCAGGGCCACGCCGCGAACCCGGUGAACCUGCACGUCUCGUUCGGCAAGGGCGACACCUUCUGGACGAACGUGUACCCGACCAAGCUGCUGAAGCGGCACCAGAAGGAGGUCAAGCGCUUCGCGCGUAUGCUGGGCAUCGUGCGCGCGCUCGAGCUCGUCUUCGCCCUGCUGCCCAUCAAGAUCCUCAUGAAGCUGUUUCGCUUCUCGUACGAGUUCGCCAAUGCCGUCGCACUGCCCAUGGUUGCCCUGUUCCUCGGAACUGGUAACUAUACGCCUGACGUGCCUAGUAUAAUCCUCGAGCGCCUUUGCACUAGUCCCACGUACGGCAUGUGGUUCCCGCCCGACGAUAAGAGCAUUGCGAGUAACGAGCCGCCCAUGGUCGUGUUCCCGAACUUUGGUGUCUUCUACGAGGACUGGCGGAAGGACCUGGUGAAGCGUGGCGUUGAGGUGAGAUUGGCGACGGAGCUGACGCAGGUCGUGCGCCGCGACAAAAAGGGCGUCGUGGUGAAGACCAUCAAGCGCACACCCGCGCCGGAUGGUCAUAAUCCGGCGAGCGCAUGGGCGCCGGAAGAUCCGACGAGCAACGCGGAUGCCGGUGCCGAGGAGACGGAGGAACGGUACGAUGAGUUGGUGCUGUGCUGCCUAGCCGAUACGGCCAAACGCCUGCUCGGCAAGACGGCAUCGUGGCGCGAACGGCGCGUGCUCGGCGCGGCAAAGUUCUCCGACGACAUCACCAUUACGCACUCCGAUGCCGACUACAUGCGCCGCCACUACGAGAACGGGUUCAACCCGGAGCAGGCCGUGUCGAGCCUGAGCGGUGUCGACAUGACGGAGAGGUGCGAGCAUGCGAAGAAGAGCUUCAAGCCCAUGUACUACAUCAAGCCCUACGAGCAGGACAUGACCAAGCUCGAGAUGUGCUUCGACUGCACCAACUAUCAGGCCCAGUUUCCGCCCGAUGUUGACUUUGACGACCACGUCUUUCAGACCAUCUUCCUGAACAAAAAGCGGGACGGCCACCUUUGGACGGACGGUGAAAUUGAUGAGUCGAAGAUCAUUAGGAAGGACUGGUGGCAUCAGCUUUGCCACUCGUGGACCCACUACGCCUUCGUCGUGCCGUGGAUGUGGUUGCUGCAGGGCCGUCGCCGCACCCGCUUCGCCUCGUCCUGGACCAUGAUUAACGCCCACGAGGUCGCCAUCAUGAGCGGUAUCGCCGCCGCGGUUGACCUGGGCGCGAAGUAUCCCGAGGAUCUAGAAAGAGACAAAUUCGCGCUGUUGUGCUUUAGGCUGUACUAUCUGCUCGUGUACGGCAGGUGGUAUAGUAGGAAAGCGGUGAAAAAGGGCGAGGGCCAGGAUUGGGCGUCGGGGCUCUAUGGCAGUGUGUACAAGGGACCGGGUGUUGUUGAGGAGGAAAGGUUGAUGUGGAAAGAGGAGGUAAAGAGGGGAAAUUCGCUGGAAGCGAAACGCAAUCGAGAGUAA